CGCCGGGCUAUGGAGGCAAAACUAUGACCCGGGUCGGGCAAUCCCUCGCCCUUGGUACGGACGUUACAGUGUAGAGAGCGGGGGUGGGGGGUGCUUUUGUGGUGGAGUUGCCCCUCCCCCGCUUUCCGACAUCCCUUAUCCGAUACAUGUAAUGCCCCCCUACCGUCCCCUGAGCAACUGAAUGGAUCGUUGAAACAAAAGAAAAAGGUGAAACGGGCCACAUGCUCAGCAUUUAUGGAUUCAAAGGUAGUAUCAUCCUCGCUAAAAGGGGAGUGAAGGUGGGAAGGGGAUAGAGAGCGAAUACCUAGCGAGAGGAAAGUGGACUGGAAGGAAGGAGCCUGGGGGAAGCUUCGGCGAGGAGUAAAUAUCGAAGUUUAUUGUGACCCGAAUCAGUGUGGGGGUCCGAAACCCUUCCACAUUUUCAACAACCCGGAAGGGCCAUCACUCCAACAAGCAACAUGGACCCCAAGAACAACCCCCCGGCCGGCGGCCGCUUCGGCAGCGUACACAUCAUCGAACCCAGCUUGGAGCACACCCACACUGCCAUCAUGCUCCACGGCCGGGGAAGCGACGGCCCGGAAUUCGCUGAAGAACUUGCCGAGACAAUGGCGCCUGGUCAGAAGCCCCUCAUGGACAGGUUCCCAAGCUGGCGAUGGGUGUUUCCGUCGUCUCAAGAGCUGUGGAGCACUGCAUUCGAGGAGAUGUUGCCGGCCUGGUUCGAGGCCCAUUCGCUCACGGACACGUCGGCGAGGGCGGACCUUCAAAUGGGAGGCAUCAGGCAGUCGGUAGCUUACAUUCAGUCGAUCCUAGACCAGGAAGCCGCAAGGCUCGGCGGGGAAACUGAGAAGGUGGUUAUCAUGGGCAUCAGCCAAGGGGGCGCCAUCGGCAUGUGGACGAUGCUGUGUCAAGGAUACCUCGGCAAGCUGCCGGGGGCAUUCGUCGGAGCUAGCACUUGGCUACCCUUUGCAGCCAACAUCCAGAUGCUUUUGUGUGAGGAUGAUGGCAAUGGAGCAGAUAAAGGGUCCUCGAACAUUGACCCGUCGGAUGCCUUUGUCGCGGACAUGUUGUCGACGUGGAAUCAUUCCGCCUUGUCUCCCGGUGCCGAUAGAUCACUCACUCCCAUGCCCAUCUUUCUCGGCCACGGUGUCGACGAUGCGGUUGUCGACGUUGAGCUCGGAAGACAGGCCCGAGAGCCUCAAGAUUUAGAGGUUCGCAGGCAACAACUCCGCGGGAACUACAUCGCCGUCUUGCAAAAUUCGAGAGGGCCCUGGAACAAGGCAGGUAUCUGCCCACUCACUCGGGUCCAGGCACUAAGGCACAGCUCUCCUUCCCAAACGCAAAUGGAUACAUUUGAGGCGAGCAAACCCGAUCGGUUGCACCAGUCGUUAAGUGGUGCGUGGGCCAGCUUCCUCGGCGCCCAACACUGCAGUCGCGAGGUUGACAGCCUCAAGAAGGCCCUGGAUGGACAUGUUCAGCAGACAAACCUCUCCAUCACGUCCUUGCAACGAGACACUGCGACAAAACACGACCUCCUCGCCGCUUCCGUAACUGAGGUCAAGUCCAAGAUUGAGCAACACGCCGUCGAGAUCAGAAACAUAGGCACUCUACGCACCGACUUCUCAACUUUCCAAUACGAGGUUGGGCAGGGCAGGGAAAAUGUGGCAAGGAAGAUCACAGACCUGUUCGAUAAAGCCGUGGCUCAGCAGGAGUCACUGGACGGGCUGCGAUCUACCACAUCUCAUGACAUCACAGCCAUCCAGCAGCAGUACCGUUCGGCACUUGAGAAAGUUGAGUCUCUUGAACAGGAGUUGAGGCAGGCACGAGCAAAGACGUUGGCAUCCGAACACAAACUCGCCGCGCUCGAAAACCAAAUUACAGCAAUAACGCAAACCCAGCAGCAACUCUCCGAGGACAAUGUCAACCUUCCGGGCCAGAUUCACUCCCAUGGGGAGAACCUGAUGAGGCUACUGGAUAAGCAAGAUCUCGAACCCAUACAGAACUCAGCAUCACCCUCGGGUCGAACAAAUGACCCGCUCGCCCAGACACCCGCAGCCCCCUGUGCGAGCCUUCCGUAUAAGCAAACCCCAACCCCAAUCGUACACCGGGACCAACACGACACGAGUGAAGAUGACCAUCCGCCUGCACGCACUAAAAGAAGAAGGCUUGAAGAUCCCCUUGAACAACAAACCAAACCCCCUCUUCCGACCCACGCUCCUAGACAAGACAUCCGCUCCCUCUACCUUGUCUUCCGAGACAAAUACAAGACCGACCCGCCAAAGUCCGAUACUGUUUUCAUAUGGCAGUUUAUUAGCAGUAUCGAGGACCCGGCAAUGUCCAAGCAUAUCCAAGAGUCACUAGCCACGGUCCUCCCCGAACAUGUCACGCCAAGCAGAGAUAUGAGGCGCAAAAGUCCGCUGAAGCAUGUCGACAUAUCCAAGGGCCUGACGUGGAGAAAGUUUCGGGAGGCAUUAGUGAAGAUUCCGGGGCCUUCUUAAUGGUACUGAAGGCAUGAAGGGACGGAUUAAGGAGCAGAGAUAUGAGGCGCAAAAGUCCGCUGAAGCAUGUCGACAUAUCCAAGGGCCUGACGUGGAGAAAGUUUCGGGAGGCAUUAGUGAAGAUUCCGGGGCCUUCUUAAUGGUACUGAAGGCAUGAAGGGACGGAUUAAGGGCUUGGUGUGUGGACGAGGCUGCUUAUUUGCUGGAUCCCUCCACGGACGGACUGCCAGAUCCUGGGUAUGCUACCGAAUUUGCUCAGACCAUAGCAACUGUAUUGUGUUUUCCAAAGACAAUAACCUCUCCUCUGC